AUGACUUCAAUCCUAAGUAUAGUUUCAAUACUCGCAACCACCGCUUCUAUUUGCAUGUUAAGUGCCCCUAUAGUUACUGUAAGGAAGUUGGAACAGCAACGUUCUAUCGGAAUUAUGACGCCAACGUUCUUUUGUGCCCAAUUAGCUAGUUCAGUGGUUUGGUCUAUUUACGGCGUAAUACAAGUGGCUUUUGGUGUUAUUUUAUGCAACGUCGUUGGAAAUGCCAUUGCUACGUACUGUUUACUCGUAUUCCUUUCUGUUGCACGUCAGGAAGAAAAAUCGGGACAUACCCUCGCCAGUACGACAUAUAAAAAAUCAUGUCUGACAGUGUUGAUUGCGCUUUCUUUUAUGAUGGGCGCAUCAUUUGUAAUCGUAUUAUUAAUUUCUAUAAAACCUGAACUCGCUAAGUUUUUUAAUGGUCUUCUUGGUAGUUGUUGCUCUGUUUUUAUGCUGAGUUCACCGCUUGGAAUGGCCGGAACCAUAAUAAAGAACAAAAAUGCUGAAGGAUUGGCACCACUGACAAUGUCCUUCGCCUUAGUGAAUACAUUUCUUUGGGUUUUAUAUGGCCUUUUAACCAGUGAUCUUUUUAUAUCUGUUCCCAAUUUUUUGGGAUUGUCUUCGUGUAUUUUUCAAUUUUUUCUCCUUUUCUUGUACGGAAAGAAACCCGCAGAAACUACCGCAGUGAAAGCAGGUAUCGCGCCGCUGCCUUUCGUGGGGGAAUAG